AUGUGCCACACAAUUGGCUGUGCUUGCUCCGGGCAUCUGCACGGCGUUGCUUCUCCCAGUCCAUCCGUUCCCUCUCAUACGCUUGCUAACCCAACCAUGGAGUUCUCGAGGAAAGAGCUGGAAGACAUCCAGCGCGUUGCCGGACUCCUGAAUCUCAGCGUCGAUGAGUUGCUCCAGCAAAGCCGCGAGCGCACCCACAAAACAAUGCCUGCAGAAAGCCCACGCCAACAGCCCCAGCAUCGUAUAAGCCAACAGCGGCCAUCGCUCUCCGUUGACGCCGAGGCCUCGCCCGUCCGCUCACCGACGAUUCAGGAUGGAGACUUCGAUCUCUUGGAUUUCGAGCUGCCUCAGCCAGGCAGUGCAGGAACUGAUCCCGCUCGUCCAUCACAUCGCCAGCCAGCGCAGCGCUCGGGCACCGACGUUAUCCUCCUAAAUCCCCACUCCCCGUGGUAUGACUGCGAUGCCGCCUUAUUUGGCUUCGAUGACUCCUUGGGAGAUACGCUUGGGUUGGAUGAGAGCAACCUCCCGGCUGCAGACGCAGCUAGUUCCUACAUUCCGGCCUCAGCGAUGCAAAUCGAUUCCAGCUCAGUAAGCGGUCAGACUGCUCAGGAAGAAAGCCAGGGAGAUGGCCUCGACGAUGCCUCCACAGACUGGGCCCUGGUUUCGCCGCCUGAAUCUCUUGCCUUUCACACAUCAGCUUCUCCUUCCACGGCCUCAAAAGACAAGCGUUACCACGUAAUUGUUCCAAGAUCCUCAAAAUCGACUAGCCAGUCAGCGUCAGAGAACUCCUCGUACAGGGUCAAGAAGAAGCGAAGUCCUUACGAGGGGUCCAAGAAGACCGACACCCACCUGACCCGGCAGCUGCACGCCUGUGUCCGGUGCAGGAUGCAGAGAAAUAGGUGCAUUCCAGACCCGGCGAAUCCUAGCGGCCCGUGUUUGACGUGCCAGCAGCGGACCGUCCGGAUGAGCAGGUUACCCUGUCUGCGGUACAUGGUGACGGACAGCAUACUUUUUCGAACCGGCCUGGAUUACAUGCCUUUUUACAAGGCACAUCCAAUGAUCGGGCCACACUACGGAGACUUCCAUUUGGAACGGCAAUGGGUAGAAGGUCCUUCAAAGAUGCUGUGCUUAGGGCAGGUUGGGGCAAUGCAUUUUCAGGUUGAGCUUAGACGGUUUGUGCCGCCUGCAGACUCUGGAGACGUCGAUCUCAAGGGGCGGCCGAUGUACGCCGUUCCCUACGCCAUUGCCGAUCCCGACGCUGUUGUCGAGGCCAUCACCGAGUACAUAGACCACGGUAUCACGCAGUACAUGCGGGCAUAUCUAGAUGACACGGAUGAACUCGUAUGGAAUAUCUUCCAAGCAGCCUACCGAGCAUCCGUGUUUCCACUUCCGAACGAGAUGCUGAAGAAGACACUUCGCCUCUGGGUUGCUUGUCGCUUUAUUGAAUCCAAAUGGAGGUGCUGGACAGAGACUGGUUGGGCCGACAACGAAAUCCGAGCCACUAAUCCCCAGGAUCCGUUCUACCAAGACCUCGACUCCCUGCCGCCGUAUCUCGACUACCAAUUAGCCUCCAUCAUCAUCCAUCGCAUUCUCAGUCCGCUGCGGAAAGACGUGCUUCGGGACCUCCAAAGCACAUUCAACGUUCACAGCCCCAAGGACUGGUUUGCAACCUUUCUAUCAUCUUUCAUCCUCUUGCAAAACUACGAGAUGCAGAUGCAAUUCCAACGAGAGUUUGCGGCAAGAAGAAGGGCUGCGCAGUUAUUCACGCCGGGCUUCGACUGGAAUGCACCAAGGGUCCGCCGCAUGGCCCGGCUGGAUGUGGAACAGACCAUUUUCAUGUCGCAGUGCCGCGAUGUUGUGGUCAAAAAAGGUAAGGAGCAAGUCCGCGCUCACGAUAUAUUUUACAUGAUGGGUGCCGAAACAGUCCUCUUAGCACAGCAGCAGACCUGGGGGGGCCUCAAGUUGAAGACGGGCUGCACCUUCCACUAUCUGCCCGUCUCAGGCGACUGGCCAGCGGAAGUGAGAGGGGAACUCGCCUGGGGUCCGGAAUCCUUUGGCUCAGAGAAGGACUACACCCUGGUACUAAGCGAGCAGGAAGUAUCAGAGGUCAAGUCUGCUCUGGAACACUUUAACGACCUCGGCUUAUACGGCGAUGCUGUGUCACCUGAAACCUUCCCUUUGCCAACUCUUGGCCCGAAGCUCGUGCAAGUUGCAGUCGAUAUCCACCAGGGCAAAGGUUUUGCUGUAGUUCGGGGUUUAAGCCCGCAGGACUUCUCUCCCGAGGAGAACGUCCUCAUCUUCCUGGGCAUCUCCAGCUAUAUUGCACCCAAACGGGGACGGCAAGACGAGGACGGGAAUAUGCUUAUGCAUAUUCGUGAUGCAAAGCUGUCCAAAACACCUCAGCAAGACCGGCCAACCCGGUAUUCCUCUAGGGCUUCGACAUUUCACACCGACACAUUCUGUGAUAUCCUCGCCUUGCAAACCCGUAACAACGCCGCGAGCGGCGGAGCAAGCUUACUCGUUUCUGCCUGGACAGUGUACAACGAACUCAUGAGAACACACCCCGAAUUCCGCGAGCUGCUUGCGCAGCCAAUCUGGUCUUUUGACAGCCGCGGCAAAUUCUUUGAGUGCAGCACGCGGCCGCUCCUGUUCUACCAGGACGGGCGCAUCAUGAUGAAUUUUGCACGCGAGCCCCUUCUUGGACUAGACGGUGUCCAGCGGCCAGAUGGCCUGGGAAGCCUCUCGCAGGAGCAGCGGCGGGCGCUGAACAUCCUCGAGGAAAUUGCCAAGCGCAACCAGAUCUCUGUCGACGCCCAACCCGGCGACCUCCUGUACAUCAACAACCACGGCGUUCUCCACUCGCGUGAGGGAUUUGUUGACUGCCCGGACUCCCCGCGCUACCUGGUGCGCAUGUGGCUGAAGAAUGAGCAAUUGGCGUGGAAGCUCCCACGGGCGCUGCAGCAGGGCAACUCGAGGAUUUACGACGACAAUGAGCUGGGUGAGCGGUGGAACAUUAUGGAGAUGCCGAGGGUGCAGUUCCGGCUGAGCGAGAGGCUUACUUCUUAG